AAAAAUGACAAAGAUAUCCACAGGCACACAUCCACCUGUCUUGUCGAAAGGCGCUCGCUUGGUGUCCCUAUAAUAAACGUCCCCUCCUCCCCACACCACCUUCCAACACAGUCCUGUGUGUGUCCGUGUCAGGCAGGAGAUGUGCUGCUCGGAACCGCGCUGAGUGUCUGUCGCCUCAUAUUGAAUUUCAGCGCGGCAGCAGUCGGGUUUCUCUCCGGGAGAUCAGGUUUAAAACGCGCCCGCCGUCUCUCGUCUUUCGCUCCUCUCCCCCCUUGUCCUCUCCUCCCUCCCUCGCAGCUCUCCUCCUGCACAUCACUACCCUUCUCCUUCCGUCCACAGAUCCUCACUUUGAGUGGAAGUUUUCCAGCCAGGCAGAGCUGGUCCACCGUCCGCGGUGCGCCCGGAGUCGGAGACAUGAAGCGACAUUAGGAGAAAUAAAGGAGAGAGGAAGAGAGAAAGAGGACAGCGAGGCGAAGGGAAUAAAACAGUCUGACUGAACAGGAGCCAGGGACGACGUCCAAGGGAGCCUGGGUGCAACUGUGGAACCUCCUCCUGGAGAGAGCUUUUCUCCUCUGGAUGUUAUGGCUGAAAUGCUGAAUCCACCGGGCCUGCUGACUAUGCCCCGGAGCCCCACCUCUAGUGAGGAUGAGAUGGCCCAGAGCUUUUCAGACUACUCCGACGACUGUGCCUCCGACAGUUCCCGCGAAGAGACCAUUUACGAGACCAUAAGGGCCACCGCCGAGCCAUCACAGCACCGCAUGGACGACAUUCACACAAACUCGCUGGUCAUCCGUGUCCUCAUCCCUGACCUGCAGCAGACUAAAUGCAUGCGGUUCAACCCGGAUGCAACGGUCUGGGUUGCCAAGCAGCGGAUCCUGUGCACGCUUAAUCAGAGCCUAAAGGACGUCCUCAACUAUGGACUUUUCCAGCCAGCUAGCAACGGGAGGGACGGCAAGUUCCUGGAUGAAGAACGCAUCCUACGAGAGUACCCCCAGCCAAUCAGCAAGGGUGUCCCUUCUCUGGAGUUCCGCUACAAAAGCAGAGUCUACAGGCAGCCGAACGUGGACGAGAAACAGAUCGCCAAACUUCACACAAAGGCCAAUCUGAGGAAGUUCAUGGACCUCAUCCAGCACAAUCAGGUGGACAAAGUGUCUAAGAUGUUGGAGAGAGGCUUUGAUCCAAACUACCAUGACAGUGAGACCGGUGAGAGCCCGCUGACAUUUGCAGCCCAUCUUGACAACGUGGUGGAGUUGAUCAAGGUGCUGAAGAACGGAGGAGCUCACCUGGACUUCAGGGCCAAAGACGGCAUGACUGCCCUCCACAAAGCUGCAAGGUCCAAGAACCAGGUUACGCUCACGACGCUGCUAGAGUUGGGGGCCUCUCCAGACUACAAGGACAGCCGUGGUCUGACUCCUCUGUAUCACAGUGUGGUGGUGGGUGGAGACCCAGGUUGCUGUGAGCUCCUGCUGAACCACCACGCUUCUGUCUGCUGCCAGGACGAGAACGGCUGGCACGAGGUUCACCAGGCUUGUCGUCACGGUCAUGUCCAGCACCUGGAGCAUCUGCUGUUUUAUGGAGCAGAUAUGAGCGCCCAGAAUGCCUCGGGAAACACUGCUCUACACAUUUGUGCCCUAUACAACCAGGAUAACUGUGCUAGAGUGCUGCUUGUUCGUGGAGCCGACAAAGAAGUAAAGAACUACAACAGCCAGAGUCCAUUUCAGGUGGCUAUUAUUGCUGGGAACUUUGAGCUCGCUGAACUCAUCAAGAACCACAAAGAGACAGAUAUAGUGCCUUUCCGCGAGGCUCCAGCCUACUCCAAACGCCGCCGGGGUCCAUCUUCUGGCAACAGCAGCGGAAACAGCCAGUCUCCCUCCUCGUUAUCAGCGCCACGGGUCCUCCUGCGCUCAAACAGCGACAACAACCUAACAGUCAGUCAGUACCAGCAGCAGCACGGUUCUCCCGGCAACUGGGCCCCUCAUCUGCAGCAGCACCAACACGCCCAGCCCCAUCCGCACAGGGCCCCCCAGCAGGGUCACUCCCAGCCUGGCUCCUCAGCAUUACAUCGCAGCCUGUCACCCCAGCUGCUCCAGCAGAUGCCCAGCGGCAGCCCCAAUGGCACCGUGGUGGUCCGGACCAUGGGGAGGGGGGCGAGGAGCCGGUCACCCUCCCUCAGCCGGCUGGGGGAGGAGGCUCGGCGUGGUCUGCCUUCACAGCGUCAGCCCAGUCCCAGCAGUCAUGGUGAGGCAGUAGGCACCAGGAGGAAGCUGUACAGCGCAGUUCCUGGGAGACAUUUUGUGGUGGUUCGUCCUUACACUGCCCAGGCUGAGGGAGAGAUCAACCUCUACAAGAGCGACAGGGUGAAAGUUCUGAGCAUCGGAGAGGGGGGUUUCUGGGAGGGCAGCGCCCAUGGCCAGGUGGGCUGGUUUCCAGCCGACUGUGUGGAGGAGAUCCCGGCCAAGGCCACCGAGGAGAGGAGCUAUUCCCGAGCGGACCGUGCUGACAGACGGAAGCUCUUCAGACACUACACUGUGGGCUCCUACGACAGCUUUGAUGCCUCCAGUGACUGCGUGGUGGACGAGAAGACGGUGGUGCUCCAGAAAAAGGAGAAUGAGGGAUUUGGCUUCGUCCUACGAGGAGCGAAAGCGGAUACGCCCAUUGAGGAGUUUACGCCCACACCUGCCUUCCCCGCCCUGCAGUACCUGGAGUCGGUGGAUGAGGGAGGAGUGGCAUGGCAGGCAGGACUCAGAACCGGGGACUUCCUCAUCGAGGUAAACCAGGAGAACGUGGUGAAGGUGGGCCACAGACAGGUAGUCAAUAUGAUCCGCCAGGGAGGCAACCGGCUCCUGAUUAAGGUUGUGACAGUGAGCCGGAAUCUAGACCCUGAAGACACAGCACGCAAAAAAGCUCCUCCACCACCAAAGAGAGCUCCCACCACAGCCCUGUCUAUGCGCUCCAAGUCGAUGACAUCUGAACUAGAGGAACUUGCCACACUAAGGAAAAAGAAAGGUGACAAAGUUGAAGAGAUGACGCAUGCCCAGAAGACCUCACCUGUUGAUAUGAAGAUCGCCACAAUCAAACCACGGCCAUCCAGUCGCUGCUUGGUUACGCCGACUGAUAUGAAUUCCAUGUAUCAUGACCGCCAGGGAGUAGCAGUGGUGCCACCCACUGUGCCAGGGGUUUUCCUGGGGAUACCUGAGAAGGGCACUAUGAAAAAGCAAAAGUCAAUAGGUACAUCUGAGGAUGAGAAACAGGGAUUCCUCACACCUCCCCUACUCAAGUUCUCCCGCAGCCUCUCUAUGCCUGACACCUCAGAGGACAUCCCUCCUCCCCCAGCCAUUUCACCCCCUUCGCCACCUGCCUACAAUUCAGCUGCUGGCCCUACACCCAAAAGCUACGGCACCACACGACCCAGCUUCACCCAGAACUCGCCCAAUGCGGUGACAACCAUUAGCCGGACUGACGUAGGCACGUUGAGGCGUGGCUAUUUCCGCCAGAGCUCAGAGCAGUUUGAGAGCACGCGUACUCGAGGGCGAACGCCAGUGCCUGAGAACCCUUACUCCGAGGUGGGCAAUAAGACACUGUACGUGCCAGCGAAACCAGCUCGAAGGAAGGGGAUGCUGGUAAAACAGCCCAAUGUAGAGGACAGUCCUGAGAAAACAUGUCACAUGCCAGCAAGCCCCUCAGGCCCAGUCUCCAUGCCCACCACGCCUGUAGAACGAACGUGUUCCUCCAUCCCCAUCCCCACAAUCAUUGUCAAGGAGCCCUCCACCAGCAGCAGUGGCAAGAGCAGCCAGGGUAGCAGCAUGGAGAUCGAGCCCACCACCCCUGAACACCCGCCUCUCACGCCCACUGUUGGUGGAAGUGGAGGUCUGCGUCCUGAAGACCCUCUCUCUCUAAGCAACCCCUUUGCAGCAGCUAUUGCGGGGGCAGUACGGGACCGGGAGAAGAGGCUAGAGGCUAAAAAGAACUCAAUUGCCUUCCAGUCAAUAGACAUUGGGGAUGAUGAAUUGAGCGGUCCCACACCAACCCCUCGACUUCGCCAGUCAAAGUCCAUUGAUGAAGGCAUGUUCAGUAGCGACGAGCGGCUUCGAAGGAUAUUGGCUCCCCCUCCCGCAGCACAACUUGGGCCUCCUGUUGGGGGCGGUAGUGGCAACAUGACAGAUUUUAACACCCCUGAGCCCACAGUAGUGCGGGAGCCUCUAAACACCAGAACAGGCCAGUGUCCCAACCUGGACAGUCCUGUUAGUCUCCCAUCCACUCCUCCUAAGAGCCACUAUAGGGCCAAUGGGACCUACCUCCAUCCUGUCACCGGCAAGCCCUUGGACCCUAAUUCUCCACUAGCUCUGGCCCUGGCAGCUCGUGACCGGGCCAUGAAGGAGCAACAAAACCAUCCUCAGAAUCAGCCACAAAAUCCUCCUCAGGUUCAGCAAACCCCCAAGCACGAAGCCCAGUCCCUUCCUAUUCAGCCAAGCCACAAACCAGACCUCAACCAACCUCUGUUUAUUGACACCAAACUACGCUCCGGGAUCGAGACAAGCUUUGCUGCUAUCUCCACAGCAACCAUGGGGCGGCCUGGCCGAGGUGGCUUGCGGAGGCAGAUGACCGAGCAGAAGUAUGAGUCUGAUGGGGCACGGGAAGAGAGACAGCACCAGGCGGUCGAGGAGAGGAAAAGUGCACCGGCAGACGUGGCAGACACAUCACAGCCCAAGUCGGCUGGACUGUUGAUGGUCCACACUACGACCGAGGCAAGCAACAAGGCAAACAACCAAGACGUGGAGGGGCAGGACAGCAACAGGCCGUCUGAGCUGAAGGACCCCAACCAACCCGAUCCUCACAACGCUCCAACCCUGUCCGUCAAUCCCCAGCCAUCUGCAUUACGUAGAAGAAGCAUUCCCUUAGGUGAAUCCUUGGAUGAACCUGUAAAGCUGCCCUUCCGCAUCCCCCCUCCCCCUCUGGCCUCAGUCGACAUUGAUGAGGAAUUUGACUUCACAGAGCCCCUCCCCCCACCACUGGAGUUUGCCAACAGUAUCGACAUUCCUGACGACCAGGCUAGUGCCAUUGCAGAGAUGCUCCAGCAGCAGAGACGGAAUGGUGGACAUCCUCUACCCCCCUACCAUGCUCAUGCCCCGCCACCUGUCACUGACCAACAUAAACGGGUGACAAACAGCAUGCCCCCCUCAUAUCCCCCUCCCCCACCCGACCCAGAGUCAGGGGUGGGCGACUCGGGCAUUGAGGAGGUGGACAGCCGCAGUAGCGGGGAUCCUCAGCACAUGGAGACCACCAGCACCGUUUCCAGCAUCUCCACCCUGUCAUCAGAGGGAGGCUUCUGUGACAGCGCUCUGGAGAGCCUCUACGCCACCGCAGACGGACAUGCCUUCCUGGUAGAUCGGCCCCCUGUGCCACCCAAACCCAAGGGCAAAUCUGUCAUCAACAGAACAUCACUUUAUCAUGAUGCUCUCAUUGAAGAGCCCCCAGAGUCCUAUGGGUCACCGCCUCAGGCCCCUCCCCCUCCCCCUUCAUCCUCUGAACCUCCUAGGACUCCCACUCAAAGGACAUCCAAGCUGUGGGGCGAUCAGCCCCCUGAACUGUGCAGCCCCCCAUCCACACCCGACACCAAGAACACGGUCAUCACCGAGCUGAGCUCCAUCCUGCAGCAAAUGAAUCGCGACAGGCCGCCCAAGCCAGGAGAAAGCCUUGACUCUCCCACUGGGACCAGGGGGGCCUUUGGAACAAGGCCUCCCACAGAAGACUCAGGAAUGCGUAAUAACGCUGCCGCCGCUGCUGCCCUCACCUCCACCCCGCCCAGCAGCCUCCCAUCUCAGACGCACCCCUGCAGCCCACCCGACUCCGGUUCCUCCCUCACCCCCUGCUCCUCACUCCCGCCCUCCGUGUCGCCCACCCUCACCGACGUCUUUGGCCUGCCCACCCCGCCCAUGGGCAGCGGCGGCGGCUACAGCCUGAGCUCCUCGUGUGGCGGCAGCGGCAGCUCACGCUCCCCGUCGCCACUCACGCUGAUGCAGGCAGUGGCGGCCUCGGGCAAGCCCUUCGCCUCCAAACCCAUGGAGUUGUGGAGCAAGCACGACGUGGCAGACUGGCUGGAGAGCCUCAACCUGGGGGAGCACAGGGACGCUUUCCUGGACAAUGAGAUCGAGGGCGCCCACCUGCCCUCACUGCAAAAAGAGGACCUGAUAGACCUGGGUGUGACGAGGGUGGGCCACCGCAUGAACAUCGAGAGGGCCCUCAAGCUGCUGCAGGACAGAUAAGCCCCAAGGAGACGGGGUGGCGACGUGCAGAGUCAGGGCAGAGGAGAGGGAGGUGUUACCGAUCACUUUACCAAUCUCUUCAUCAGACAUAAUCUCAAGUUGUGGAACUGGAUAGAAGUUUUGUCCAAGCUGAUGCUGCCUCUUGCUGUUUUUGUCCUCUCUCAUCCUCCGUUGUCGCCCUCAUCUCAGUGCUCUGGUCUUGUCCGCCCUCUUCCUCCUUCCCACCAUCCUAAGCAUCAGGGGAUCAUGGGAUGUAUGGAGGACCUGCAGGGGGAGAGAGAAGAGAUUAGCUGCUAUGUUACAUCAUGGAGAGAGAAACCAGAGGAGGCCAGUAUGAAGGACUGUCCAGAAGACAAAAAACUCUGGAAUAGUUUGUCCUCAAACACUGGGAAAAAAAUACUCGUCUGGAAGUUUAUUUCACAUAAAGACUUGUGCUCACCCAACUGCUUUGGAAUACUGAAGACUUUUUCCAUACACCCCAGUGUGGGUGCAUGAAAAACCAGCUGAGCUGGUCGUUGCUCCUUUUCUAUCUUUGCUAGAGUUUGUUCAGAGAAUAAUAUUUCUUCACUAGAGUCCUACCGGAGUUAUAUUUCUGGUUGCAUCUAAAGUUGUAGAGAAAAAUUUGAGAUAGACUCCAUUUUUUGCUUUUCACCUGUUUGUGUCAAAAGAAACAUUAGCUGACAUGUUGAAACAAAUAUUAAACCAUAUCUCAUGUCCAUGCACACACACACACACACACACACACACACACUUUACGCACAGUGCCAUACACUGAAUACAAACAAGUAUACACACCAUCGUCACACACAUACACACCCUGAGCAUGUAUACACACACCGUUCCCGCAAUGGCCUUCUCCUGUGAGAGAGCAAAAUGUGGAGAGAGGAAGUCACCAGAGGAGGAGCUCUGCUGCAGCGGGCGGGGGGUGGGGUGGGGCUGGGGCUGCCACCUGCCUACACCCACCCAGAGUCCACCUCAAGGAGAAGAGGCAAGGACACAAGAUGGACAGACAAACGUUGGACCUGAAAUAUUCUCACCUUGAAGUGGUUUUACCAACUUGUCUGGCUGCAGAGAGCGUCCUUGUCCUCUCUUGGCUUCUUUUUUUUCCUCUGUGUGUGUGUGUGUGAGAGUGUGAGUGUGUGAGUGUGUUAAGGCCAGUUUAGCUAUUUCCAUGGAUCUGCUAUAUAGGCCACAGUUUAGGGAAAAACUAGAGCUGUUCUUUACUUUUGUACUUCAUUCUGUCAGAACCUCUUCAACUUCACCAUUAGCAGGUCAACACUAGUUCUACAUGUGGCCCCACAGCAAUGCUAAUGUAUAAGACACCAUGUGUGUUUGUGAUAGAAGUGCGAGGUAGUUUAGAGAAAGAAAUUAUGUUUGUUUAAUGGAAUAAAUCAACAUUUUGGGAAAUUUGCUUUUUUGCCACAAGAUAGAAAAUCAACACCACUCUCAUUAAAUUCAGAGCUGAAGUGAAACUGAACCUAGUGCAUCUAUCAAUUAAAACAAAAUGCAGUGGAAACACUUGACGUAGUUCUUUCAGUGAAGAGAUGAAAAUGUCAGGUCUGUGUGGAGCAAUGAUAAUACUGGAACCUGCCUCACACUAACACAUGAAAUGAACAUAAAAGCCAUAUUUCUGUCAUGUUUUCCACUUUGUUUUUAUCUCAUCUUGGAUCUUACAAAUUCAGUUAAAAUUUACACCACAUUUGGAUGGAAACUUUACUGUUGAUAUCUGUAAUAUUGCAAAAAUAAAAGUCCAGCCUUGGAGCAAACUCCAGGAAAAACGGUAAAUGAGGGAUUGGCGUGGAAUACGGGUUAGCCCAAACAUUAUAUCAGGAUAUCAGCUCUGUAUGUGAAACCAGAGCCAGUAAACUAUUAGCUUAACUAAGCAUGAAGAGAAGCAGAGCAGAAAACAAAACAGCUAGCCGAGCUCUCUUGAAAGUUGAAAACAUUUUUAAAAAACCCGCCUACCAGCUCCUAAAUCUCUCUAAUUCAUAUGUUAAAUCUCAUCUCUUAAUUUGUCAGAUUUAUAUGCAUUAAUAGGCAGAUUUUCUCAUAAUGUUCUCAACAGAGCUAGGCUAGCUGUUUCCCUUGUGUUCAGUUCUUAUUCUAGGCUAAGCUAAGCUAACAGUCUCCUGGCUCUAGUUUCAUAUUUAACACACACUUAUCGGAGUGGUAUUGAUCUUCUCAUCUGCUGUGAUUCUCAGCAACACAGUGAAUAAGCACAUUUCCCAAAUGUAACGUUGACAUUCAAUUACAUUUUAUUGAAUUUGAAUCCAGUUUUGAAUCCCUCUGGAGCUUUUUUUUUCCCUUUGGUUUUCAACAAUUUUGAAUAACACAAGUUAUAAGUAACCUGAUAUUUAAAAAGCAAAGUCAAAUUUUACCAGAGAAAUCACAUAUUUUCUAUUAAGCUAAAAUGACUACCUGAACAUUUUGUACACUGUUCUUUGCUAUUAAAAAAAAAAGAUUCAACAAGAGAUUUGAGUUAGCAUUAAGCUAAGUCAAGCUUGAAUCCUGUCAGAUCCAAGUUGAACCAAACAGCAGUGCAGCUGUUUAAAGGUACAAUUCUGUGAUUUAGAACAAAUAAUCAAAGGCAAAGCGAAACUGAAACAGCCUUGAGCAGUGUGAUUUCUUGGCUGGAGACGUACAAAGCUGUUGCAGACUGACACAGACAGCCCCAACACAACCAGUCCAUUUGUCUUUGAAGAUGAACGAGAUCUUUUCUUACAAACGUAUUAAUCAGCAGGUUGAUGUUUUGUAGAGAGACAUGAAAUCACGUUGAGCCGUCUGACUUUCAGAGCAGAUGGAGAAUCUGUGGCUUCAGGGUUUUAUGUCGAAUUACACGUUCACGUAAGUUCACAUGCCUUCUCCUGCCCUCUAACCACUGUGCAAGAAAUAACCAGAGAAUAACCUGACAAAGCUGGCAGAUGUUCAUCAGCGGGGGCCCCUGGGAGAUUAGAGAGGGAUAGAAACUGUUUCUGAUCUGUUGCUGUUGAGUCCCACAUUCUUAUCCAGUCUCACUGCAGCUCCAGCAGCAGAGACCAGAUUUAAAGUUUGUUGUAAGGGUCCAAUUUAAAGCUAAAUCAGCAUUUAUAAAGCUGGAAAUGUUUGUGUUUGCCAGCCCUGAUUACAGGUUGGUCAGAAGUAGAAGUACAGUGUGUGUUGAAAUGUGUAUAUAAGAGUGUUUAACAGGAUUAAAGUGUCUAUUUGAUUAUAUGUAUAGCUCUAUGAAAAGGUUUAGAGUAAAAAAAAAAAAAAAAGAAAUUCAAUGGAGGUUCAUUUAUAGUUGCCAGAGCUGACGUGAUGACCAAAGCAGUGGUCUCAUUCGCCCCAUCAUCCUGCAGAGGAUGCCUUAAAUAGCUCACUGUUCCCUUCCUCUUCACUUCCUGCACCUCUGUCGGUUUCACAGCUCUGUAGAGACAAAGAGCUUCUGUUUUAUCUCAAAGUAGAUUCUUUCAGAGCACACCUGACGUGUGGUUUGAUAUGUGCUCAAACAGUAACCCAACAUCUGGAAAGUAUAUGGUGUUUUAGAGCAAGUUCACCCUUAUUUGGUUUCAUAUCACGCUCCGCAGCUUCAUGUAGGUGCAGCUUUUUUGAGGAGACAAAUGAAACAUACACAAGCUCUGUGUUCUGUGAACAUUAGCCGUACAGAGGCUGGCACGGGACAAUGCUGCUAUAAUCCUGUUCCUGUUUGAACGUGUAACUUAUUUUAAAACAAACAGCGACGUGUCGGAGGAGGGUAGAAAAGCACAGUAUUUUUAAAGAUUUGUAUAGAGUUCUAUGAAAUUUUAUAGAGGUUAUCUGAACAAAAACUGUUCAACACUGACGCGUGGAUUGCCAAAAACAGAAAUACUAUAUAGACUAAAAAACAUGGAUAUUAUUAGACUUAUGGGUUAUGUAAGAAGCAAUAUUUAUUCUGAAUGAAUCUCCUUGGUUGUGUUUUAUUUUCCCAUUUUAAAGUUACAUAUCAUGAUGCAAUCACUUGUCAGUGUUUUAAUGAAGUGUUGCCUAAAGUAGAUACACUCUCUACUGCAGUAGUAAGAUAUUUUUGGCCAAUCAAGUGACCACAAAACCCAGGUAUCUUCUGACGACCACCAUCUGCCUGACUAGACUUCUCUCAUCUUCUGAAACCCCUGAGUCUAGAGUGUGUGUAUAAAAAAUAAAAAAGAUGUGUACAUUUUUUUAAAAGUAUAUCUGCAGGCCAUCUCGGUAGGAAACUAUAUGAAACCUAUAUAUAUGUAUACAUGCAUAAAUCCACCAAAAAGAUUAGUGGUGGCUGUUGAUUCCUCUCUGUGGAUCAGCAGGUCACUAUCAGUUUUCUCUGUGGAAAUGUAGAGCUGAGUAGAUGUAGUAGGAAUCUUUAAAGAGCAUCACCGUGGCGUGGUGCUUCACCAGGCCAUGUUUAGGACAGGCAUGGCUCACUAACCCACUUCCACUCCCCUUCAAAACACUGCUCCCACCUUUAUCAUCGUCCAACAUUUGGGUAACUGUUUCUUAUUUUUCUUUCUUUCUUAAUUAAUUAAUUUAUUUUUUUCAUUAAUAGAUUUUAUUCUUUGAUUAAGUCUUCAUAGAGGCUAAGAUGUUUUUGGUAAUUUGUGCAAAGACUUGUGUUCAUGUUUUCUAUGUUGCUGUAAUUUUGUGCUACUGAAUCAUCAUAGAGUCAACUAAUUACUGAAAUGAAAAGAGAGAGAAUUUUCCUGUAACUACACUCUUCCUUCCCCCUGCCCCUCAAAUCCUCAAGACUUCUUGUAUGGCAACCAAAAUUCACUGUAAGAAAUAAAUAUAAUAUUGCACUA